AUGCCGAAAAUAUCCUCUUUUCUGCGCUGGGACUCUGUUACUUUGCAUUAUGUCUAUUUUAUUGUUACCUCUGCGAUCGGCAGUGUCAUAAUCUAUACAUCCAGGAAGAUCCCCGGGUUUCAAUAUGCUGACGCGGCAUUCAUGAGCUUCAGUGCAAUGACUGGCACUGGGUUGACCGUGAUCGACCUUUCUAUGAUGAACACUGUUCAACAAGCUAUACUGUUUAUACUGUUUAUCUUGGGCCAUGCUAUUCCUAUCCUCGGUGUCCUCUCUUUCACGCGCUCUUGGAGGCUAGGCUCGGUCCUGAAAAACAAACAAAAUAAUGAAACAAAAGCAGAGGAAGAAGCUUAUAUUCCAACCCUGGAUAUACCGGAAAAGCCACUUCCAGAAAAACAAGAGGAUGCAUCUGACAAAGGCAAAACUUCACCGGAAGUAACCAUUGCAGUGUUGGAGGCACCGACCGACAUUUCAUCACCCAUCGAACCAGAUGGACCAUACAUGGCCGAUAACUGCAUUGUAGUUACCGACCUCACACAACCAGAGCCAGUCCAAAGCUUUGUCCCUAUCGAUGAAAACGAUAAUGUCUUAAACACCAAAAGACGCAUUUCACGCAUGCUUGCCAGGCUCACGGGCAUAAUACAACGCACGAAAGAGCAACUGAACUUGGACGUCUCAAUUGACUACACGGACCCAGAGGGAAUAGAGUACAGAGCGCGCAUACUCCUUGCUGCACUUAUAAUAUUCUACUUCCUUGCCUUCUUGUCUCUUGGAUGCCUGGCAGUCGGCCUCUGGUUACAGAUCUAUAGCCCAGAGGUUUCUCUGACUGAUGGAAUAUCCCCAUUUUGGACGGGUGCUUUUCUUGCUACAUCGGCACUUGCGAAUAAUGGCAUGUCUCUAAUCGAUACUAAUAUGAUUCCUUUCCAGAGAGAAGCUGCUCCGCUUCUUAUUUGUGGAACUUUGAUUCUUGCUGGGAAUACGUUGUUCCCUUGUUUACUCCGGUUAUCCAUUUGGACUAUGAGGAAGAUGAUGCCAGAUAUUUCGACUUGGCAGACAUGGCGCCACACUUUGGACUUUGCUCUUGUCCAGUCUCAAAAUGUCUGCUCUUCGCUUUAUCCUACUUGGCACACAUGGUUCUUGUUUGGCUCAGUCAUCGUUCUCAAUGCGAUUAUGUGGGGAGCCUUUGAGCUUGCAUCGAUCCGUGAUCUGGAGAUCGGGGCUUUACCCGCCAAGUACCGAGUGUUAGAUGGUCUUUUCCAGUCUUUGUCUAUACGUGGUGGUGGAUUCUCUAUCGUGGAAUUUGACGGAUUGCCUCAAGGACUGCUUAUGCUAUACGGUAGAAGCACAACCAACACAGAAAAACCCACGACUAUAUCCUCCCUCGAAGAGUCAAACCAAGUUCACCCGCCUUCACAAACCACCCCAACCCCCUCAAGACUCGCGCGCAGCCGAUUCCUUUACCAACAACUACGUUCCCAAUUCAGCCACGACAUCUGGUGGAUAUCCUUCGCCAUUUUACUCAUCACAAUCGCCGAAUCAGAUCACUACAAGAUCCAACCAGUGGAAUUCUCCACCUUCAACGUGAUUUUCGAGGUCAUCUCCGCAUACAGCUGCGUCGGUGCUAGUAUCGGAUAUCCAGGGAGCAACUUUGCAUUUUGUGGUCAGUGGAACACGUUCAGCAAGCUUCUACUGGUGGCAGUUUCUUUGAAAGGACGUCUCCGGGGAUUAUCUAUCGCCAAUACCAAGCUAACAUCAUCGCCUUGCGUGCUAAACAAAGGGCAAUCGUUUGAUGUAAAAUCACACGAGAAGGAUAAUUAUAUAGAGUCGAAUCGAAGGCUAUCGUCCUGUGUUUGA